AUGGGCUGCAUUGCGCGCCUCCUCCCCGACUCCCGCUGCAACUCCGCCUCCCCAACCUCCUACCUCUCCAGCGACCUCCAAACCGCCGACGCUGCCACCACAGCCUCCUCCUCCGCGAUGCCACUCGCGGCCCCGUUCUCCGACCUCGGCGUGCCGCUUUCCGCCUCCGACCUCCGCACCACCGCCUACGAGGUCCUCGCCGCCGCCUCCCGCGCCACCGGCGGCAAGCCCCUCACUUACAUCCCUCAGUCUGCUUCCGCCGCCACCCGUUCCACCUCGACCUCCUCCUCCUCCUCCUCCUCCUCCUCACUGCAGCGCUCGCUAACGUCGACGGCGGCCACCAAGGUGAACAAGGCGCUGGGGCCCAGGUCCUCGACGGCGUCCAAAGUCACGAGGGAGGCGUCGCGGAGACCAGCGACGGUGGUUGAGCUGGUGCGCGUUAAGUUGCGGGUCACGGAGCAGGACGACGCGAGAAUUCGCCGUGGGCUUCUCCGCAUCGCCGCUGGACAGCUAGGCAGACGUGCAGAAUCAAUGAUUUUGCCGCUAGAGUUCCUGCAGCAGUUUAAAGUAUCAGAUUUCCCUCAUCCACAUGAGUAUGUGGCCUGGCAGCUUAGGAACUUGAAGCUUCUUGAGGCUGGUUUGUUGGUUCACCCGCUUGUCCCGUUAAGCAAAUCAGACAUUUAUGCACAGAGAUUGCGGCGGAUAAUACAUAAAGCCUAUGAUGGGUCACUUGAAACUGGGAAGGACUCUGAAUCGGUGCAGGAACUAUGCAGUGCUGUCAAGUCCCUUGCUGCUAGGUCCCUCGGUGGAGGUUCUGAUGAAUGCCACUGGGCAGAUGGCUUUCCACUUAAUCUCCAUAUCUAUCAAAUGUUGGUAGAAGCUUGCUUUGAUAGUGAGAAUGGUACUUUGGUUGCUGAGAUUGAUGGAGUGAUGGGGUUGUUGAAGAAGACUUGGGUCAUUCUUGGGAUUAAUCAGAUGCUUCACAACCUCUACUUUACCUGGGCGUUGUUCAACCAUUUUGCCAUGUCAGACCAAGUAGAUAUCGAGUUACUUUCUGCUGCAGAGAAUCAGUUAAGUGAAGUUGCAAAAGAUGCAAAAAACACACAAGAUCCAGAUUACUGUGAACUAUUGAGCUCCACUUUAAGUUCGAUAAUGGGCUGGACAGACAAAAGGUUGCUAGCUUACCAUGAAUAUUUCAAUAGUAGCAAUAUUGAUUCCAUGCCAGGCAUUGUCUCAAUAGGAGUCUCAGCUGCGAAGAUUCUGGUUGAAGAUAUAUCUCAAGAAUACCACAUUACAAGGAAAGAAGAGACUGAUGUAGUGCGCGGCAGGAUAGAAGCCUAUAUACGGUCAUCAGUCUGUGCUGCUUUUGCUCAAAGAAUGGAGGAGGCAGUCUCAAAGCGAUCAUCAAGGAAUCAUGUGCCAGUUCUUUCGAUCCUCGCAAAGGAUAUUAAUGACCUUGCUACCAAGGAUAGAAAUAUGUAUAGUCAAAUACUGACAGAAUGGCACCCGUUUGCUUCAGGUGUUGCAGUUGCAACCCUUCAUUCUUGCUUUGGUAAUGAGCUGAAGCAAUUUAUAGUUGGGAUUACAAAGCUCACACCAGACACUGCUGAAGUGCUUAACGCCGCUGAUAAGUUAGAGAAGAAUCUGGUUAAUAUUGUUGUUGAAGAUUCUGUGAAUAGUGAUGACGGAGGCAAGUCAUUGAUUAGACAGAUGCCGCCGUAUGAAGCUGAAAAUGCAAUUGCUAAUCUGGUAAAAGCUUGGGUGAAAGAACGAGUGGACAGACUUAAAGGAUGGGUUGACCAAAGUUUGCAGCAGGAGACUUGGAAUCCACAAGCUAACAGACCGAGUUUUGCUCCUUCUUCUGUGGAGAUGUUAAAGAUAAUUAAUGAAGUUUUAGAAUCAUUUUUUCAGUUGCCCAUACCAACGCACUCUACUCUGUUUCCUGAUCUAGCAGCUGGGCUCGAUAGAAUUAUACAGCAUUAUGUAUCAAAAGCAAAAUCUUACUGUGAGACCCGGAGUACUCCUAUUCCACAACUACCUCAUUUAACGAGAUGCGAUGUUGGACCCAAAUUGUUCAAGAAAAAGGAAAAGCCCCAUGUUAUUAUGAAGCGUGGCUCACAAGUUGGAUCGUCCAAUGGAAACGGUGCGUGUUCAUUAGAUCUUCCUAAACUCUGUGUACAAAUAAAUACGCUCCACUAUAUCCGAACUGAGGUGGAGAACCUGAAGAAGAAGGCGACAAAAUACUUGCGAAACAGUGAAUUAGCUCAGGAUGGUAUCACUGAUGGAAUGAACAUCAACUUUGAGCUAUCCCAGACAAGUUGCCAAGACGGCAUCCGUCAGUUGUGUGACACAACGGCAUAUAAUGUGGUGUUCAGUUAUUUGAGCCAUGUUCUUUUGGACACGCUGUAUGUUGGUGGUACUGCAUCAAACAGGGUUGAGCCUUUGUUGAGAGAGCUUCACUCUAUCCUUGGGGUGAUAUCUGGCAUAAUGUAUAAUGGGGUACGGGACCGUCUCAUGACUGUGUUGAUGAAAGCUUCCUUUGAUGGAUUCUUGUUGGUGCUUCUUGCUGGUGGACCAACACGCGCUUUCACCCUCCAAGACUCUCUAACCAUAGAGAAUGAUUUCAGAGCCCUCAGAGGAUUGUAUUUAGCAAAUGGUGAUGGCCUGCCCUAUGAAUUGGUUGACAAGGCUUCAUUGGAGGCGAAGAACAUUCUGCCACUCCUCCGAACAGACACGGAAUCCCUCAUUCAGCGUUUCAAGCAAACAAUUUCCGAAUGCUCUGGAUCUCCAACCAAAUCUAGGUUUCCGAUACCUCCCGUGCCCACCCAGUGGAGUGCAAACAACCCCAACACUAUCCUGAGAGUUUUGUGCUACCGGAAUGAUGAGGCUGCCUCAAAAUUCCUCAAGAAAACAUAUAAUCUCCCAAAGAAGCUCUGAUUUCUGUAAAUUGAGAUCAUAAAGAAGUGCGUUUAAUUCUAUGGUGCUUGCAUCUGAAGAAAACUAACUACCUCAGUCGGAAUGUGGCAGGUCCAAGCUGAUAAGAAAUAACUACCGCAAUCGGAAUGUGGCAUGUCCAUGCUGAUAAGAUGUAGUUAUCUUUGAGUGUGUGUGGCUUCAUAAGGUGAGUUAUUUUCGCCUAUAUUGGUGUUUUUGUAGUAGUGUCAGCUUGCUUGCGGAUAUCUUUGGACAAUGUAUAUAUUUAUGUUUGAAUAGGCACUAUAUGAUUACACAAGUACUUGGCAAUAACUGUACCAAGGAAAGGAUGAUAGGUUUGGGCACCUGUAAUAUCUGAUUUGUAUUUGCUGUGAUGUUUGAAAUCAUUGUUA